UUCUCCAAUCUCACUCCCAAAAAACACUUUCGUCUCUCUCUCAACGGUUUGUUCUCUCUUCUCUCGAUUUGAGUUUCGAAGUUCGUUAAGCUUCACACGCCGUUCGAUGGGGUCGGUCUCCGAUCCAGGCGAGUUGACCGAGUUAGCUCAGCCGAGUUUCGAGGAGUUUCAGAAGCAGACGUCGCUGAUGACGAGCUGCACGCUUCUGUGGAAAGAGCUCUCCGAUCACUUCACCACGCUCGAGGAGAAUCUGAUGAAGAAAUCGGAGGCGCUUAAGGGGAUGAUCGAGGCACUGGACAGCCAGACUCAGACCUCUCUCGAGUCGCUGAAGCGCAGGGAGGCUACGAUCGAGCGGAGCGUGGAGAUCGUCGCCGGGAAAGUCGGGGAGCGAGCUCGAGCUGCUCUUGAGUCGCUCGAGAAAGCUAGAGACGGCGGAGGUUACGGAGAGGUUGACGAUGACGAGGAAGGGCUUCUCUCUGCUUUGAAGUCUCUGUGUUUGAAGAUGGACGCGAGGGGGUUCUGGAGCUUCGUGACGGCGAGGAAGAAGGAGCUAGAGGGGCUAAGGUCGAAGAUCCCGGCGGCGUUGGGGGAUUGUGUGGAUCCGGCGAUGCUGGUGCUCGAGGCGAUCUCCGAGGUGUUUCCGGUGGAUAAGAGGGGCUCUGGGGAGAAGAUGAGUAAUGAUUUCGGGUGGGCUUGUGUGGUGAUUCUCGAGAGCUUGGCGCCUGUGAUUGUUGAUCCUGUGAUGGGGAAGGCGAGGCUGCUUGUUACGCCGAGCGUUGAGGCGAAAGCUAAGGAGAUUGCGGAGACGUGGAAGGCGGGGUUGGAGGAGAGAGGAGGGAGGGUGGAGAAUGUGAAGACACCUGAUGUGCAUACGUUUCUUCAGCAUGUUGUGACGUUUGGGAUUGUUAAGAGUGAGGAUCUUGGUCUGUAUAGGAAGCUUGUCGUUGGAUCCGCGUGGCGUAAACAGAUGCCGAAGCUUGCUGUUUUAGUUGGUUUGGGUGAUCAAAUGCCUGACAUGAUUGAAGAGUUAAUCAGCAGGGGGCAACAGCUUGAUGCUGUUCAUUUCACUUAUGAAGUUGGCCUUGUGGAUAAGUUCCCUCCCGUUCCUUUACUCAAAGCCUAUCUAAGGGACGCAAAGAAGACAGAAGACUCCAGCAAUACCGGCCGAGCUUCGCAUCUUGUGGCGCGCAAGGAGCAAUCAGCUCUCAAGGCAGUCUUGAAAUGCAUAGAAGAGUACAAACUCGAGGAAGAGUUCCCUCCAGAGAACCUCAAGAAGCGGUUGGAACAGCUAGAGAAGACCAAAACCGAGAAGAGGAAACCAGCAGCUGUACCGGCGAACAAGAGAACCAGAGCCAGCUACAACGGUCCAAUGCCACCAGCGAAAGCCGGGCGUAUCACAAACGCAUACGUCUCUUCCUUCCCGUUCAUCAGAUCACCCUCUCACUCCCCUCAGUACGCUUCACCUGCAGCAUCUUACCCAUCCCCACCUACCACUGUCUACAGCAACAGGAGCCCACCAUAUCCAUACUCCCCUGAGCUUAUCCCCGCCUCAUACCAAGCCUCACCUAUGGGUUACCCAGCGUACAACGGUUAUUGCAACGGCCCUGUUCCAGCUCCAGCUCCAGCUCCUCCGGUUUACCACCCGCACUACCCUCAGCAGCACCACCAACACGCCCACCAUCAGCAAGCUUACUACUGAACUUAGACAGUGUGUGUGAUGACAAAUCAAGAAGGAAAGAAUGGUAAUAACCAACAACCACUGAUACUGUGACAACUACUCUGUAUCUGCAUCUUUGUCUCUUUCUACGUUGUCGUUUUGUCUGUUGUAAUAUUUUCGAAGCCUAACUCUGUUUUAGUAAGUUAGCUAUCUUCCUGUUGUGUGUUAAAAACAUCGGGCUCUGUUUCUGCUCAUAAGCUUUUGUAAUGCCUAAUAUUCUGUCAAACAAUCUUAUCUUUCUGUUUAUUAUAUGACAACUUCUCUUUGUCAGAAA